AUGGCCCCCCAAACCCCACCCCCAACACGAGCCUCUCUCAUCGCACCAGUCCGCACCCUCUGCACAGCCUUCUCCUCGGCCUCUUCCCCAGAAACCCUCGCCUCAUCAUUCACACGAACCCCCGCACCCCUCGCGCACGAACACGGCCUGCCCGCCCUCGCUCCCUUCCUCGGGCGAGACUUCACCGGCGCAGAGGGCAUAAAGCGCUAUUUCGCUCUCGUAGCGGGUGAGUUGGCGAUUGAAAGGAUGGACUUCGAUGAUGAGAGCGACUGGGUUGUGGAUGGGGUGGCUAUGGCUGUUGCGUUGAGGGGGAGGGCGCGGGUUGGGGUGGCUUUCGAGCAGGAGGAUACUGGGGGGGUUACGAAGGGGGAGUUGAAGGUUAGGGAGUAUAGGGUUUGGGCGGAUACGGGGGCUGCGUACUUGGCUAGGGUGGGGAGGUUGGGGGGUGUUUUGAGGGGGGAAAUUUCUUCUGAUGAGGGUUCUUCUUUGAAGAAGGGUGGUGGGCAUGAUAAGGUUGAUUGA